CAGGUACAAAAUGCUGUCUUUGGCUUAAUAUCUGAUAAUGUGCUACCGUUCUAAACACAUAACAUACGCUCAAAAAGACACUUGUUGAUCGGCACGUACAUUAUGCCAGGCCCGCAGAUCACGUGAGCCUGUCCCCAGCUCCGGGCGGAAGAGGCCGGCCCAGCUGAAGGGAAACGCUCCUGGAGGCGAGGGGCGGGCGCUGAUGCCCGGCUGCAAGAUGGCCGCCACCGCUCGGCAGCCGCCGCCCGGGAGGUUACUCUAAGGCCCGCAGUUUCCCUCCGUUCCCGCUGAACGCCGCAGCCUCCUUACCAUGAAGCCAGUGAGUCGCCGCACCCUGGACUGGACUUAUUCAGUGUUGCUUCUCGCGAUCGUAUUGCUCUCCUGGGGAUAUGUCAUCUAUGCAUCAACAGUAGUCGCACGACGACAGCUAAGCAAGAAAUACCCAGACAAAAUCUUGGGGAUGAAUGAGAAUUUGUAAUUCUUCUGGAUUUAAUUCUGUGCAUAUAGUUCUUUACCUCAUGCUUAUAUGACACGUGUGUAUAUUUAAAGUAAAAUCCAUUAUGCAGAGUUUCCAA